GCAACAAGACAACUAAAUUAAAAACAUUAAUUAUUAUAAGUGCUUAUUACUAUUAUUUCAUUAACACUGCUUUAAUAUGACGUCACGCAAACGUAGCGGCAGCGGCUCCACAAAGCGGCCCAAAGAAAAGGUUGUUUACAUCUACGAGCUACUGUGUCGUGGUGAAGACCCCAGCGUGGACAAUGCAGAGUUCUGGCACGAGUUCUUUCUGCUGCAGCCCAAUUUUGAAUCGCUGGAGGAGCAAGUCAGCAAGCUAAACAACGAACAGCUGCAGCUGGUGAAGCCGAAUCUAAAUACACUUUUCCAAAAAUGCAUCGAAAUGCUGGACACAAGCAAAGAGGACCAUCCGAAGCGUUUGUGCAACAGUCUGCAAACGCUCUGCUCGCUAUUCUAUGGCAUUUACAAGAAAUGCAAUGCGGACGCCAGUUCCAACAUAUUGAACGAGAUCUUUGCACAUGAGCAAAUGGAUGAGUGGCUCAAGCUGCUAAUGCAGUAUUGUAAUCGCAUUUUGCAAGCUGACGUGACUGAAAAUGCGCGCUUCAUGUGCCUGAAAUUGUUGUUGGUGCUGGUCACAGGCACAGAUGUAUGUCAAAAUGUGCUCUUCGAGUACCUGAUGAUGCACAGUCUCUUCGAUGCGUUUGUGCGCCUACUAAGCGAUCCCUCAACACGCGCACAGCAUGGACAUGACAUUGUUAUAUUGCUUACUAUACUGGUGAACUAUCGCAAGCAUGAAGCCACCAAUCCGUAUGUAGUGCAGCUUUCCAUUUUAGCUGAUGAGUUGGCACUGAAUGGUUAUGGGCAAAUGAUUUCGCAAUCGCUUAUAGAUUUCUGUCGCCAGUAUAUGCAAAGCCUGAACAAUGUGCAGUCAUCUUCCUGGUUCUCCUCGCUGUCCAGCAUGGUGGGCAACAUGUUUGUCUCUGACGAGGGCUGCGAACGCGUGCAGCAAAUUAAAGCUAACAAUGGACUGCUGUUGGCGCUCUACGAGGCCGUGCAUUUGAAUCGUAACUUUAUAACCACACUGGCUCACACGCAAGCAGAGUCCAGCGCGCCACCCUCGCCCAGCAAUACCUUAAGUCUGACACAAACUGUGCCUGAUUUGGCCAAUGCGCCCAUUAUAGAUAUGACACAGUAUCCUACAAAUUUACUAGUGGCUGUGUUUCAAUAUUGCUCCAUUGUUAUGCAGGACAACAAGAACGAGUCCAGCAUUGCCAAUCUGAAGCUUUGCUUUCUCAUACUCACCUGCAUCUCAGAGGAUCAGUAUGCCAAUUCCAUGAUGCACGACAACAACUUGACCUUUAAAGUUAUGCUGCAUCGAGCCCAAAUGCGUCAUCGCAAGCUGAACGUGGAUCGUGUGUGCAAAUCACAGCCGCUGGCAGCCACUUUGCUGGAUUUGCUGGUGGAGUUUAUAGUCUCGCAUUUAAUGAAGAAGUUCCCUAUGGAACUCUAUUUGCUAUGCAUAGGCAUAAUACAUCGCAUUUUAUGUUAUCAGAAACGCUGUCGCGUGCGUUUGAAUUAUCCCUGGAAGGAGCUUUGGUCUGCCUUGAUUGGUCUGUUACGUUUUUUGGUGAAUCAGGAGCAAACACUGGUCAAAAAGUGCAAUAUAUUUCACUUGUCGCUGCAAGUGGUGAAUAUUUUUAAUCUCUUUAUAACAUAUGGCGACACAUUUCUGGCCACAACAAAUAGCUAUGAUGAGCUCUACUAUGAGCUAAAUCGCGAAGAGAAAGUAUUUACUGAAAUACAUGCCAUGGUCUUACGCUAUACAACGAUGCCCGAAUGUGAGCACAAGGACGACGUUAUAAAGCUACUGAAUGCUCUUGUCAACAUACUCGCCAUAGUGAAGCAUUUUCAAAAUAAAAUCAAAGAGUGGCUGGCCGAGCAGGGGCUGUCCACGCCCACCGAAGAGCAAAUACUUGAUGUUGUGCGCAAGAACUACGACUUGACGCUCAAGCUGCAGGACUCGCUGGAUCAGUAUGAACGUUAUGCCGAAGCGCCGCUGCACAGCAACUUUUUCCAGGCCAUGGUGCGUGAUGUGGUUAACGAUUCGCGUAAACACAUCUAUGGUUAUGUUAAGGAGGCUGUAUCUGUUAUUCCAGAGCAGGAAGUGAUUAUAGCGACUGUUGCCACGCCACAAGCGGCGACGACACCUUCGUCAGCGUAGAAGCUAACAGAAUUGAAGACUGUUAUCAGCUGUUUCCUGUCGCCUAGUUAUAUUAAUUGUAAUUCACAUGUCUUAAAAAGCAUACACUCGACAUAAUCUAUAAGAUUAAAAGUGCUUUUGUGAGUUUUGUUAAAUUUAUUUGUCAUGCAGUGCACUUACGUAUACAAAUCACGCAUAUUUACCUACAAAAAAUAUACCUAUAUGAGAAUUACAUACAUAUA